CUUUUCGCUAGCGUCUUCCGUCGCAUGGGCACAGAACAGAGCCUUCAAAGAUGACUACUGCAGCAAGACCUACAUUUGAACCUGCCAGGGGAGGGAGGGGUAAAGGAGAAGGGGAUUUAAGUGCAUUGUCCAAGCAAUAUUCCAGUCGUGAUCUUCCUGGACACACAAAGAUUAAGUACAGGCAACCCACCCAGGAUGCCCCUGAGGAGGUCCGUGCCCGUGACUUCCGUAGGGAGCUGGAGGAGAGGGAACGUGUGGCUGUUCGCGAGAAGACCAGAGAGAGGGGACCAAGAGAGCAUACCACAUCAUCGUCUUCUUCAUCAUCCUCUAAGCGGCCCCGGUUAGAUCAGAUCCCAGCAGCCAAUCUGGAUGCUGAUGACCCCCUCACAGAUGAUGACGAGGAUGAGGACUCUGAGGAAGACAGCGAUGAUGAUGACACUGCAGCUCUGCUAGCAGAACUGGAGAAGAUCAAGAAAGAGCGGGCUGAAGAGCUAGAGCGCAAAGAGCGGGAGCAGAAAGCGGAAGAGGAGAGGAUUCGCAUGGAGAAUAUCUUGAGUGGCAAUCCACUGAUUAAUUUAGCUGGACAGCAGCAACAGCUAAAUCAAACACAGACUACAUUCAGUGUCAAGAGGAGGUGGGACGAUGAUGUUGUCUUCAAGAACUGUGCCAAAGGAGUGGAUGAUGCACGGAAAGAAAAACGCUUUGUCAAUGACACUCUACGCUCUGAAUUUCACAAGAAAUUCAUGGAGAAAUAUGUAAAGUAAAGGACUGGAAGUUGAUUUUUUUUCCUGCUUUCUAUCUCAUUUAAAAUAGUGUAUUCGUCAGUUGGAUGUUCAUAGUAUACCCAACAAUACAGUAACCAUUGUUAUUCGUGAAAAAUUUGACUCACAAUAGCCAACACCUGAAAAUAUUGUACAUACAUGAGUUUAUUGAAUUUUGAGCUUUUAGUUAAAAUGGGAAAUUUUUAAAUUGUGUUUGAGAUAGUUAAAAUACAUUGCCAUAUCUGAUUGUCUCUAGGUUGUUUUUUUUUUUAAGUUCAAUAAACAAAAAUCAUCUUAC